AACUGACAGAAAAUUGAUAACAUGAUGGAGAAAAUUAUAGAGAAAAUGGUUCUUUUCAAAAAAUAGUGAAAAUACUACAUUUUUGGUGAAUUCCCAUUUCAUAACGCACGCUGCAUCUGCAUUACUACACUACAAUGUAAUGUAACUUAUUUCUUGUUCAGUGUUACAUUUCCGACUGUUCGAAAUUAUUUUCUUAUUAUGAAUCGAAAAUGGAAUCGUGGUCACAAGAAUGAUCGUAAGACAAAAUCCAAAUUUGUAAAAUUCAACGAAGCAGUUGAACCUACUUGCGAGCCCCUCGAUUCCUCGAAUCCAUCGAAAGAAGAUGAUUGUGAUAGCGAUGGCGACGAAAAUGAUGUUGGUAAUAUCCCAUUUACCGUAGCGAUGUGGGAUCUGAAGCAUUGUGACCCGAAAAAAUGCACCGGACGAAAAUUAGAACGACUCAAGUUGAUCAAAUCUUUGAAAUUGGGUCAACGGUUCAGCGGUAUUGUUCUGUCGCCGAUGGGUGAAAAAUGCGUUUCUUACGAAGAUAGAGAAAUAAUACUGAAUCACGGUAUCGCUGUUGUGGAUUGUUCGUGGGCUAAGAUUGAUCAAACUCCAUUUUCGAAAAUGAAAUCACCUCACCCCAGAUUGUUACCUUUUCUAGUAGCGAGUAAUCCUAUCAAUUAUGGGAAACCUUGUCAAUUAUCUUGUGUCGAAGCCAUAGCCUCUGUGAUGUACAUUACUGGUUUUCACGAGUUCGCUGAUUAUUAUUUAGGCAAAUUCAAAUGGGGAAGCAGUUUUUAUUCUUUGAAUGAAGAUCUUCUAAAAAAGUACUCGGAAUGUUCCAAGAGCAGCGAAGUCGUACGAGUUCAAAAUGAAUACCUCAAAGAAGCGCAAGAUACUAAAUACGACAAUCGACAUGCCGUUCCUGAUUAUCCUGAUAGUAAUUCUUCUGACGAAAGUGAUUUGGACGAAAGUAAAGAAUCUGUGUCGGACGCUCGAUGAUUUUUCAUUUUCAAAAUACGAAUGUUAAUUUUGAACGCAUCCUAUAAAAGUCCAUCAAUGUUCGCCAGUUCGUCCUAAUAUCAUUAUUUUGAUUUUAUAAUAUUGUUGUCUUUAAAAUAUAACUCGAUGUAUUGAUACGUCGUGAAUUUCUAUGUGCUGAAGCGCAUCAGAAUUCUCUGUUGCAUUACCAAUCGUGCGAAUGAAUCGUCACAAUAUGUAACUUUGAGAGUAUGCCUAUCAUAGUUCUGUUCUAUGGAAAAAUAAAUUCUUACAAUCACAUUAA